CAUAUAAGGUAGCAGUUCUUAUAGAGUUGGCAGAUAAGACUUUCUAGUCAUUGCAGUUUCAGGGUUCUGCCCUUAGAAUGGCUUUAGUGUACAGAACUAUGAUGCAGUUAGCUGGCAUUUUACUGUGUUUUUUGGGAUGGGUGUUAUCCUGUCUCACUACUUACUUACCUCAGUGGAAAAACUAUAACUUAGAGUUGAAUGAACUGGAGAUCUGGACAGUGGGACUUUGGCAAGCUUGUGUGGUCCAAGAAGAAGGGGGAAUGCAAUGCAAGGAAUUUGAUUCUUUUCUGGCUUUGCCUCCCGAACUCAAAAUGUCCAGGAUUCUGAUGUUUGUAUCAACUGGAUUAGGACUUUUUGGCCUUCUGCUCUCAGGUUUUGGAUUGGACUGCUUAAAGGUUGGCGAACAACAACAGAACAUAAAGAAGAGGUUAUUGCUCUUAGGAGGAAUCCUCUUCUGGAUAUCAGGAAUAACAGCCAUCAUCCCAGUUUCAUGGGUUGCUCACAUGAUCGUGCAGGAAUUUUGGGAUGAGAGCAUUCCAGAAAUUGUUCCCAGGUGGGACCUUGGAGAAGCACUGUUUGUAGGCUGGUUUGCUGGAUUCUGCCUCAUUUUUGGAGGUUCACUAAUGAAUUGCAUGGUCUGCUCAGAUGAUGCUCCCUCUUCCUCGCUUCGUUAUACUAUGGCAGAACAGCAAGACACCUGUCAACACUCGGAACGUGGCAACAGACCCAAAAGCCUGAGAGUUUGAGAAGACAGAGGCUUCUUUUUCUUUUCAGACUCUUAAAAAUGCUGGACAAAACUUUCCUCAGACUAAUGUUCAAGGGACUCUUUGUUCCUUCGCCGAUUCAUUACUCUUGGGCAUCUAAGUCUUCCUCUACUCUUUAUUUAAAGAGCAGUACUUUAUGCUUGUUAUUGCGAAGUUGAAAAUGCUGGGAUCACAGCAAGAGAUUAAAACAAGUACGUAGAAACUACCACCACAUAGUUUCAUGUUUUGACUGAAAUGCAAAAACAAAAAUGAAAAUCCACCAAUGUUCAGAUCAGACAUAAGGAAACUUAAUAAUUCCUCAUUUCACACAACUAUACAUUACCAAAAUCAGCAAUCAAUUUACAUGUUUGGUCCUUUGUAACUUCUUGAACAGCCUAGAAAUAGGUGGGGCAUUCUGAUGUUAGGUAUCUAGACUACUACAGAAAAGUCAAACUGAUGCAGAAUUUUUUUUUAGCUCCCAAGUACUCUGCAAGAUUGGCACAGUGUUUGAAGGAUUCUUUGGGUUGGAUUUACUGUUAUCUUCUGUGGAAUGGUCACCUGGAUACAUUUGUGUCUGCCUGUUUUUUUUAAAUGUAGAAACAGAAAAGAAAAAUUCUACAAAAUGUUCCAUUCUGUUCUUAGAUUGAAUCAGUGCUGCUUUAAAUAGAAAGGUUUGGGGCUGAAACCUGUGUUAAUUGCUUAUAUUUCCUAAAAAGCUGUGUUCAUUUUACUGUAUGAAAGAAGCAUCCUCUUUAGUUUAGUUUGAUGGUCUUGUAUGUAUUUCAUGAAUAUGCAACUUAAAAUACCUUUUUAAAAAUAUCCUGAUUGUUAAUAAUUUAACAAUACUAACCUUUUAAAAGCUAUUAAAAAGAGGUGAAAAGUGUAA